GCGACCCCUCCCCUCCCUUCUUUUCCCUUCCCUCCUUCUCUCCCUCCGUCUGUAGCCGCAGGCCGGGACAGCGCACCCGGUGAGUGAGCCACCCCAACUCCCCCCCACGCCGCCGCCCAGCCUGGCCCGGCAGGGAUGGACGGACGGACAGACUGAGCAGAGCGAGCCCCAGGACGGACAACGGGAGUAAGCGGACUGAGGAGAAAAGCAGAGUUUGGGGAAAUUGCUACAGCCCCAGACCAGAACUUGCAAUUUCUUCUGGAGAAAGGAGGUGAAGUGCAAUUGGUCGGGUGCCUACAGUGGGGAGGAAGAUGAUGGCACUGCCCAGAAGAACCCCUUGGCACCACUCCUUCUCUUUAGCAACCAUCACUUGGGCUCUGCUUCUUUGCAGUGGCUCCCAGGCCCAGAAGGACUGCACGGGGGUCGAUUGCAAGCCGCUGGAGAACUGCAUUGAGGAGGUUCUGGAGCCAGGAGAGUGCUGUGCCAUGUGCUUGCAGCAUGGUUGCACAUGUGAGGGCUAUCAGUACUAUGACUGCGUCAACGUGGGCUUCAUGAAUGGCAAGGUGCCCGAGGGCCAGUCCUACUUUGUGGACUUUGGGAGCACUGAGUGCUCAUGCCCCAAGGGUGGGGGCAAGAUCAGCUGCCAGUUCAUGCUAUGCCCAGAACUCCCCCCAAACUGCAUCGAUGCGGUCAUGCCCACCGACAGCUGUCCACAGUGCGGGAGAAUUGGCUGCCUGCACCAGGGACAGAAGUAUGUGGCCGGACACACAGUGAGCAUGCCUGAUUGCCAGGUUUGCCACUGCCCCAACUCUGGAGGGAAGCUCAUUUGCUACCAGGUCCCAAACUGUGAUGCCUCUGCCCUCCAGCCCUCCGGCAACUUUUCAGAGCAUGGGGAGAGUGACCCUGAGAGGCACUAUGAUGACCCUUACAGCUAUGACCAGGAGGCUGCAGAAAGUGACCAUCCACAGGUGGAGCCACCCAGAAAGUCCAGGACCCACCAUGCCGCCCAGUUCACUCCAGACCACAACAGUCUAGAGCUACAGGAGCAGCAAAACGAGGACUAUGACUAUGUCGCCAGUAGCGUGACUACUCCUGCUAUGACCCAGCCUAUUUCCACCACUGAGCAGCCUCCCGCUGUGCUCAGAACCAAAGCCCCCAGCCAGUCUAAAGCUAGACGUGUGCCCAUGGAGGAGGAACAGGUGGAGGAGGAGGAGGAGGACGAGGAAGAGGAGGAGGAUGAGGAAGAGGAGGAGGACAGGGAGCAAGUCAGCCCCACAAGGGUCUCCGGGAUGCAUGAAGUGGCCCAGAAAGUCUCAUUCACUGUGGAGGCCCAGAGUGAGGCCAGAGAAACAGUGGGAGCUGGAACCCCAAGCAACUCAGUGGAACCUGCUGUGCAAACCCAGGCGAGGUUCGGGGACCUAGAAACAGCUGAGCCUAAAAUUAACACCAUUCCCAACUCAAAGCCAAGCCUGAAGGAGGUGGGGGAAGGAGGAGAAGGACACAUUCUUGUGGGCUUAAAAGAAGCCACCACCACAGAGCCAAACAUGCUGCUGCCUGUCCAGGAGAACAGUGCUUUCUUUAAGGCCAAAGUUGGUCCAACUACAUCCUCUCCCACUGCUCAGAGCCAGACCCCGAAGCCGCCCAAGCAGCCGCAGGUGCUUUUCCAUUACCACACAGAGGGAGAGGGAGACCCCAACUCGAUUCAUUCUGUUUCCAGAGUCCAGGAAGGUUCUACCAAGGACCUGAUUGAGACAUGCUGUGCAGCUGGGCAACAGUGGGCAAUCGACAAUGAUGAAUGCACAAAGCUUCCCGUAAGCGGCACUGACAGCAAAGUGUGCAGAGUGGCUCAGAAGCAGUGUUGUGUCUCUUAUUUAAAGGAAAAAAGCUGUGUUGCUGGUAUGAUUGGUGCCAAAGAAGGUGACCUCUGUGGGCCUGAGGAUAAUGACACCUGUGGAGUGUCUCUGUACAAGCAAUGCUGUGACUGUUGUGCCCUGGGACUGAAAGUCAAGAGUGAGGGCCAAGUCUGUGAGUCCAAUCCAAAUCUUGGCUAUCCCUGCAACCACGUGAUGCUCUCCUGUUGUGAGGGUGAGGAUCAUCUCUUUGUUCCAGAAAUCAAACGGCACUCUGAGCCCCUGCCCACUGUGACUCCACAGAAAGUUUCAGAUACAGAUGAUCACAACGAAGCCUUGUCCAUCAGCAAUGAAGCAGAGCUGUCAAACAACUUACCUGGCGACGAUCUCGAUGAGUGCAUGGCCUACCCCGGAGAGCUGUGUCAGCACCUGUGCAUCAACACUGUGGGAUCCUACAAGUGUGCCUGUUUCCCCAGCUUUAUCCUGCAGGAAGAUGGGCUUAGCUGCAACCCAGACAGAGAAGAAAAGAAGCAGGCUACUUUGGGAGAAGACACUCUCCAUUCUGAAAUCUCCCACAACCAGCCUGCCAUCAUUGAUAGGAUACAAGCAGUCCCUGACAUCUGCAAAGACAAUGGGCCCUGCAAACAAGUCUGCAACGUUAUUGAAAAUAAAGCCAUGUGCUCUUGCUUUCCUGGAUACGCUAUCAUGGGUGAUGGGGUUUCCUGUGAAGACGUGAACGAGUGCCACACAAGUACUCACGGUUGUACCCGAAGACAGUUCUGUGUGAACACAUUGGGAUCAUUCUAUUGUGUCAACCACACAGUGAUCUGUGCCGAGGGCUUUAUCCUCAACAUGAAUAGGAAGUGCGUUGAUAUUAAUGAAUGUGUGACAGACACGCACACCUGCACCAGGGGGGAGCACUGUGUGAAUACAAUUGGAUCUUUUCACUGUUACAAAGACCUCAACUGUGAAUCUGGCUAUGAGCUAAAGGAAGGCGAGUGUGUAGAUAUUGAUGAAUGCACAAGUGGAACUCAUAGUUGCAAAGUCAACUUUGUGUGUCAGAAUACAAAAGGUUCAUUCUACUGCGAAUCUAAGCAGCGGUGCAUGGAUGGAUUUUUACAAGACCCUGAGGGCAAUUGUGUUGAUAUUAACGAGUGCACCUCUCUGCCAGAGCCAUGUAAGCCAGGAUUCAACUGCAUCAACACAGUAGGAUCUUACACCUGUCAGAAAAAUCAGCUGCUGUGUACCAGAGGUUAUCAUUCUAGUGAGGAUGGAACCAAGUGUGUUGAUGUAGAUGAAUGUCAGACCGGUGUCCACCGCUGUGGAGAAGGGCAGAUUUGCCACAACCUCCCUGGGACAUACCGCUGCGACUGCAAGAUUGGCUAUCAGUAUGAUGCAUUUAACAGGGCGUGUAUCGACAUGAAUGAGUGUUGGAAUUACCCAGGACGCCUGUGCCAACACACCUGUGAGAACACCCCGGGGUCUUAUCACUGCUCCUGCUCCAAUGGUUUCCGGUUGGUCUUUGAUGAGAAACACUGUGAAGAUGUGAAUGAAUGUGAGAAUAAUCCCUGCAGUCAGGAAUGUGCCAAUAUCUAUGGCUCCUACCAGUGCUACUGCAGACAAGGUUACCAGCUGGCAGAGGAUGGACAUGCGUGUAAAGAUAUCGAUGAGUGUGCCCAGAGUUCUGGCAUGCUCUGUACUUUCCGCUGUGUGAACGUGCCUGGCAGUUACCAGUGUGCCUGUCCUGAGCAGGGCUACACCAUGAUGGCCAAUGGAAGAACUUGCAGGGAUCUCGAUGAGUGUACCCUGGGCACACACAACUGCUCCGCAGCUGAGACCUGUCAUAAUAUCCAGGGCAGCUUCCGAUGCCUAUUAUUUGAAUGUCCUCAGAACUACAAAAAAGUCUCUGACAUGAGGUGUGAAAGGAGCAAUUGCUACAACUAUUUGGAUUGCCAGAACACCCCGGUGCGGAUUACAUACUAUCAGCUCAACUUUCAGACUAACAUUGUUGUCCCAGCUCACAUUUUUCGCAUCGGUCCAUCUCCUGCCUAUGCAGGUGAUAACAUCAUCCUGACCAUCACCAAAGGAAAUGAGGAAAGUUACUUCAGUACCCGAAAGCUCAACUCCUACACUGGUGUGGUCUAUCUCCAGCGGCCUGUCAAGGAGCCCAAAGACUUUUUAUUAGAUGUUGAAAUGAAACUCUGGCGUCAAGGGAGCUACACCACUUUCCUGGCCAAAAUUUACAUCUUCAUCACAGCCCAUGCUUUCUGAGGCACGCGGGGACAUUGGGGUUGGCUGUUCUGUGCUCUUUAUUCAUCCCUGCCCCCUCCAAAGCUUAUUACUGUGGAAGUGAUAUUUACUGUAUUCAGCAUCCCUAUUAUUUUUCUUUAAUUGCUUCAAUCAUUAUUUUUUAAAAAUUAACUUAAUUUUUACUGA